UACAGAUUGGUACUAGAGAAUUGGAAGAGAUGGGGGCAAAAUUUUGUGUUGGUCUCUUGCGUUUGAAAAGACUGACAUCCCCACUAGAAUAUAAUCUGCCUUCUAGCCUGCUUGACUUUGAAAAUGAUUUGAUUGAAUCGAGCUGCAAAGUAACUAGCCCUACCACUUAUGUUCUGGAUGAAGAUGAACCUCGAUUCCUUGAAGAAGUUGAUUACAGUGCAGAAAGUAAUGAUGAGUUAGAUAUUGAAUUGCCUGAAAAUGCAGGAGACUAUGAACCUUCUGCUCAAGAAGAAGUACUUUCUGAUUCUGAAUUUUCAAGAACAUAUUUACCUUGAGCCCUCUGCCAUCUCUUGUUAACUACAAAGAAGAAAUGAAAUAUCUU